AUGGAUGAUAUUUUAAAUAUAAUUCCGUAUAAUAAUCGCUAUGCAAAAUCAUAUUUAUUUCUUGCCAAACUAAUAUUUGAUGAUUACCAUCAGGAAGGGGCUCCCGAUCAUGAACCUGUUUCAAACUUCCUGUUUUAUAAAGAAUAUGGAUAUAAAUUAGACAAUUCUAUUACUUACGGAAGACUUGACUCAGAAAAUUUAGACAUUCAUACAGAAAAUACGAUUUACAGAGCAAUUAUGUAUAAUGACUUAGAUAGAUUCAUAUCAUUCACAGAGAUAGAAGAUUUUGAUAAAGAUCAAACACUUAACAGUAGUUUAUAUCCAGAUUCUUACGAAGGAUAUUCAUUACUUGAAUUAUGUUGUUACCAUGGAGCAGUUGAUUGUUUCAAAUUCUUAAGAACGAAAUUCAGCUCAGAAAUAACAGAAACAUGUCUGGAAUUUUCAUUUUUAGGUGGAAAUCAAGAAAUCAUGAGUGAAUGUUUGAAAUAUCAAACACCAAAUGAAAAAUGCAUGGAAUAUGCAAUUAUUUCACACAACAUUGAUUUUGUUACAUUCUUGAUGAAUGAAUAUAAUUUAGAGAUUGAUUUAGAUUAUUGUACCCAGUAUAAUAAUCUAGAAUCAUUUUUAGUAUAUUUCGAUCAAACUAAUGAUAUUGACGAAUGCUAUAAUAUUUCGAUGAUAUUUAAUAUUCCUUAUCUUUGUGAAUAUUCCCUAUCAAAUGGUGCAAAUAUCAAUGAAAAAACCGCUCUUCAUGAUGCAGCACUUAAUAAUUGUAAAGAAAUAGCCGAACUUCUUAUUUCACAUGGUAUAAAUAUCAAUGAAAAAGAUGAUGAUGGAAAAACCGCUCUACAUAUUGCAGCAGAAUCUAAUAGUAAAGAAACGGCCGAACUUCUUAUUUCACAUGGUAUCAAUAUCAAUGAAAAAGAUAAUGAUGGAAAAACCGCUUUUUAUAUUGCAGCACUUUGUAACUAUCCAGGAAUAGCCGAACUUCUUAUUUCCCACGGUGCAAAUAUCAAUGAAAAAGAUAAUGAUAGAAAAACUGCUCUUCAUCAUGCAGCAGAAUCUAAUAGUAAAGAAAUGGCCGAACUUCUUAUUUCACAUGGUAUCAAUAUCAAUGAAAAAGAUAAUAAUGGAUAA